AUGCCGUCUGCCGUCGUGCCCGAGCGACCGCUUCCGGUCUACUUUAUCGGACAUGCCGGGGUGGGCCUCCUAUUCAGAGAAUCGCCGCAAAACCGGAUCGUCCAGGACAACCUCCGUGCCGUCGGCGAGGAGAUCCGCGCGAUAUCACCCCGGCCGAAGGCCAUCCUUACUUUUAGCGGACACUUUGAGGCCGGGGAGAUUCACGGACCCGGGGUAAUAGAAGUCAAUGUGAAGAAAGGAACAUAUAUCAUGCACGAUUUUGUCAACGACUUUCACGACUCAGCGCCAUUCGUCUACGAGUACGACUGGCCGCACGAGGACGCACCCGAGCUGGCAACAGAAGUGUGGAGGCACCUAACGAAGUCCGGAAUCAAGGCUAAGCGGGUGGAACGCGGCGUCGAUCACGGCGUCUGGGUCCCCUUCAAGCUCAUGUUUCCACCUGAGAACCCACUCGAUGUUCCCGUAGUCCAAGUCUCCACGUUCUACGGCUAUGAUCUAGAGAGCCAAAUCCGGCUGGGAGAGGCCGUUGCAUCGCUCCGUAACGAGGGAUAUCUCAUCGUCGCCUCCGGCAUGGCGGUGCACUCAUUCUCGUCUAUCGCGGAGAUCCAAGAUGCGCCGUCCGACGAAGCAAGGGAGCUCGCGCGGCAGAGAGUCCUAAAGGAGUCGCGAGAUUUCGAUACGCAUCUCCGAGCAGCUGUGGCGAAGCGUGAUGCUACGGAGCGCAGAGGGGCGCUGCUACAGCUGGAAUCGCUGCCGGAGUUUCGCCGCUCGCAUCCGACGGUGGAACACUUUACGCCGCUGCUCGUAGCGGCUGGGGCGGCGGGAGAUGCUGAGGAUGUUGUGCCGCUGGGUGUUGAUGUGGUUGAGCCUGGUAUGUCGUAUUUGAAUGUGCGGUUUACUUGAAGGUUGUUUGACUGGCUGGAUAUAUGUAAUAGGUAUAUUAGACUGUUACCUCUUGUGUGAUUCCGGCUUAUAUUUCAGGGGUCCAAAAUCGGUUACAGUCUAUUUAUUAAAUCAGAUAUGAGUGAGUUUUGU